UACAAGCAGAUUAUUACGAGACCAAAGCGUUACAGAUGUAAUAGACAGUUCUGCACAUUCAUUUGCGCACUACUAUCAACGUAAUUUCGUAUUCCUCCUUUCAUAGUUUCUUCAAAGAAAAUUUGAAAACAGAACUAACCGUUUCAAUGUUCCGACUGUGUGGUCUAUUAGUUAUUUUGGGAUUCGUUACCGCGACGAAAGCCGAAUCGUCCGAUCGUUCGAACGGAUUUCGUUUCGAUCCAUCGCUCUGCCAGCAAAAUAUUGUACCGCUGAUGCACUGUAUGACAGCCGUGGAGAAGGAGAUCAAGGUCAACAGCACAUUACUGCAAAAAUUCCUGCAGUCGUUUAUCAAUGGAAUUGAUGUGGAAGAUCGUCCGGAACAGGCUAUCAAUGCAGCAUGCAGUCUUAUCCUGACUUUUGAUACCUGCGGAAGACCUUUAGCAAGCAGCUGCCUUUUUCCAUUGGCAGCAGCAGCACUGGAUGUCUAUGAAAGCGCAGUAGCUGUAUGUCGAAAUGCCCGUGUCGCCGCUUAUUACCAGGAGGUAGCCAACUGCUUUAACAAGCUUCACUUUAUUCCUAAACUAAUUGGUGAUGGAGAACUGCAAGGGAUUAUCGCCGAGAUUUCGGCGGCAAUGGCUAGUGCCAACAGUUUUAUCCAGCUGAUGAGCCUUCCGGCGGACAGCAUUAUGAACAUCGAAUGCCGGAUUCUCUCACGAGCACAGGAAAUGCUUUCAUCGGAAAAUGUUGAAGGGGCAUGCGGAACGGAAACUCACAAUCUGCUAUCUAAUCUGCAUUCGAAAAUGGUGGAAAUGUAUGGAUGCUGAUGAAAUAAUGCAAGCUGUAUUUGGGCGUCUUUGGAGUACGCGUUUCUGAAAUUUGUUUCAUUUGGCCGGUUAUAAAAAUUCUGUUUAUAGACUAACUUUUAAAAAUAAUUAUUCGCUGAUCGAAUAAAAUUCUGCUGUUA